CCGAUGCUGCUCUGCGCGAGACCUACUUUACUUUCUCGACAUGCUCCUCAGAAGCUUCUUGAUGUAGUUAGUUUUUACAAGGAAAAGACCUUAUCUCAAAAAAUCCCUCAAACAUCAAAAGUACAUGGACUUCACAUCCUCGGCUAGUGUUCGACCGCCUGCUGGCGGAUCGCUUGGGGUAGAUCCUGUCACUGGACUGCCCAUCAACGUCGAUAGCCAUGGCAACGCAGUCGAGUACCAACCGAGUGCUAAGCCGGUUCCGCUGAAUAGACCACCGAAUGUUAAGAAUGGUUUUAGUUUGAGUAGUACAGGUAACCGUAAGCGUAGGUGCUCUCUCGAGUUAGCGUCUUCAACACUUGUUCAGGAUUACAGUUUCUUAGUCAAAAGAAACGCCACCAUGCUGCUGCGGUAGACGGGGAACAAGACGAUCAGGAGGACCUCUAAUGAUGGAGCAGUACUGGAAGCACUCGGCGUCUUUAUCGUUUUCCUUGCAGUAUUCACCUACUUGAUUUACCGGCAGCGCGAGAAAGAUGGGAUGUUGUAGAAGUGGUGGGGGUGGUGGGACUUGCACAUCAAGGCUGUUUGCAAGACAGAAACUUUACUUGAAGACCGACGGAUGCGCGGUUAUUGUUACACCUCGCGGCUGUAACAGUUGCUGCUUAGAUUGUAUUUAAUGAAUUGCUUUAGAUCAAAUUAUAGCAAGCAAUAGUUUUGCUUUUCGCUUUGGCUGUUGACCGUAAGAUCUACUUGUGACGUUCGCAAGAGGAUUGCGAGUCCUUCUCGAAGAAUGACACUUGGU